AUGAGUAAGUUCAGCACAGUGCCAGACGCCAUAGAAGCAUUCAAGAACGGCGAGUUUCUCGUGGUCAUGGACGACGAAUCACGUGAGAAUGAAGGUGACUUGAUUAUAGCCGCCGAGAAAAUUACCCAGGAGCAAAUGGCUUUUCUUGUGCGCCAUUCUUCUGGGUAUGUAUGUUGUCCUCUCUCCACGGAAAGAGCCAACGAGCUCGAUUUGCAGCCCAUGUUGAAGGACAGAACUGACAGACACGGCACAGCCUAUACUGUGACAUGUGAUUUUGCAAAUGGCACCACUACGGGUAUUUCUGCACACGACCGAGCAUUGACGGCAAGGCUGUUGGCUGCUUCGACGAGUAAACCUGACGACUUUAUCAGACCAGGUCACAUUUUGCCUUUGAGAGCAGUCCCAGGACUUCUUAAAUCUAGAAGAGGUCAUACCGAGGCCAGUGUGCAGUUGUGUGAAUUGGCUGGUCUAGCCCCAGCUGCCGUCAUCUGUGAGUUGGUGAGAGACGAAGACGGUUUGAUGAUGAGAUUAGAUGACUGCGAGAAGUUUGCCGAGAAGUUUGGCAUCAAACUCGUGACCAUUGAUCAAAUUGUGAACUUUCUUCCUUGA